UCAGCGCUCUGUGUCGAGUGUCUGAAGCCGUUGCUGGCUCCUAACCGCCUGGCUUUACUUUAAAUAUUAUUACCUCAUGAUAGUUACUCACAUAUAUGUGCGAAAACGAGCUUUCAGGCGACCGAUUAAAAGCGAUAACAUGGUCUGACUUGAACGCAAGAGCCGUGGAAGAUAUCGUCAAUUGAAAGGUUUUAUCCAAGUAGGGACUGAGAGUUCUUGCUGAGGACAACACAGAUAUGAUGCGCAUCUGAGGACAUCUUGAUCACAUGGGCUCCUAUCCUGUGCUGACCCAAUGGUUUAAUCACCAGGACUAAAAAUGAGCAUAAGCAGUGAUGAGGUCAAUUUCCUGGUUUACAGAUACCUACAAGAGUCAGGCUUCUCUCAUUCAGCAUUUACCUUUGGCAUAGAGAGCCACAUCAGCCAGUCCAACAUCAAUGGAGCCCUGGUGCCCCCUGCUGCCCUCAUCUCCAUCAUCCAGAAGGGCCUGCAGUAUGUGGAGGCUGAAGUCAGCAUCAAUGAGGACGGGACCUUAUUUGACGGGCGGCCCAUCGAGUCGCUGUCUCUGAUUGAUGCUGUGAUGCCAGAUGUGGUCCAGACCAGGCAGCAGGCCUACAGGGACAAGUUGGCCCAGCAGCAGGCGGCAGGCAGUGGCAGCGGCACAGGGCCCCAGGGAAGCACCAAGAAUGGAGAGGGCGCUGCCAACGGGGAGGAAAAUGGAUCCCACGCCUUGGCCAAUCACCACUCAGACAUGAUGGAGGUGGACAGGGACGUGGAGAUCCCCCAGAGUAAAGCCAUGGUCUUGAGGGGCCACGAAUCUGAAGUUUUUAUCUGUGCCUGGAACCCAGUGAACGACCUCCUCGCCUCCGGGUCCGGGGACUCAACUGCAAGGAUCUGGAACCUGAGUGAGAACAGCACAGGCGGAUCCACCCAGCUGGUUCUGAGGCACUGCAUACGGGAAGGGGGCCAGGACGUACCCAGCAACAAAGACGUCACCUCACUAGACUGGAAUAGUGAGGGAACCUUGCUAGCAACAGGCUCAUAUGAUGGCUUUGCUAGAAUAUGGACAAAAGAUGGAAACCUGGCCAGUACUUUGGGUCAGCAUAAAGGUCCUAUAUUUGCACUCAAGUGGAAUAAAAAAGGAAACUUCAUCCUCAGUGCUGGUGUAGACAAGACCACAAUUAUCUGGGACGCACACACAGGAGAGGCGAAGCAACAAUUUCCUUUCCACUCGGCACCGGCUCUGGACGUAGACUGGCAGAGCAACAACACGUUUGCCUCCUGCAGCACAGACAUGUGCAUCCAUGUGUGUAAGCUGGGUCAGGACAGACCUGUCAAGACCUUCCAGGGACACACGAAUGAGGUGAAUGCCAUCAAGUGGGAUCCCACUGGCAGCUUGCUGGCCUCCUGCUCGGAUGACAUGACAUUGAAGAUCUGGAGUAUGAAGCAGGACUUGUGUGUCCAUGACCUUCAGGCCCACAGUAAAGAAAUCUACACCAUCAAGUGGAGCCCCACAGGCCCCGGGACCAACAACCCUAGCGCCAACCUCAUGUUGGCCAGCGCAUCAUUUGACUCAACAGUGCGUCUGUGGGACGUGGAGCGUGGUGUGUGUAUCCACACGCUGACCCGCCAUCAGGAGCCUGUCUACAGCGUGGCCUUCAGCCCUGAUGGCAGGCACCUGGCCAGCGGCUCCUUCGACAAGUGUGUCCACAUCUGGAACACUCAGACGGGGGCUUUAGUCCACAGCUACCGGGGGACAGGAGGGAUCUUCGAGGUGUGCUGGAACGCCACAGGGGACAAAGUAGGAGCUAGUGCGUCAGAUGGAUCGGUUUGUGUAUUAGACCUGAGGAAAUGA